AUGGGUUAUGUUCCGUAUAUCCUCCAGGAGGUGGAAGUGUACGUUGAUGUUCUUCGGGACUUAGCAAAGACUGGGGAUACCUUUCUCUUGGAUGAGAUCACCUGCAGAUAUGUGAUGGAUAUCAUAGGAAAUGUCGCAAUGAAUACGCGGUUUAUCAGCCAGCGACAAUUCCAUCCAAUCGCAGCUGCGAUGCGGGAUACAAUAGACCGGGAGUGUCAAAUUGAAACGGGAAAUCACUUCAGUCGUGUCAAUCCCGUGCGCCUAUUCAAGCAGUGGUAUAAUGGACGGACAAUGAACCAUUAUAUUGGGAUCGAGCUUGAGAAGCGGUAUCAGGAAUGGAAGCAACAAAGCGCGACAAGCUCGUCUACAUCCAAGACUAUCAUGGAUCUCGUCAUCACAGAGUACAUGAAGACAAGACAAGUGGCAGGGCCAACGCUCGAUCUUAACUUUAAGGCCUGGGCCACUACCAGAUUCGGCUGUUCCUCUUCGUCGGACAUGACUCCACCGCAGUGA